AUCCUCUCUCUUUCUCCGUCACCGGCAAACACCAUGGGCCCUCGUUGCCGUCUCUUAUCGAGACCAAAUUUCAUCGUUACUCAAAAGAAGAGGACAUUGCUUCUGCUAUCGGAGGAUUUUGAUCCGAACGAGGAAAAAUUAUCUUCAGAUUCUGAUUUGAUUUCAAUCCAAGAAGGCGUGUGUGAUCAGGGCUUAAAAGGCAGAGAAGAACAUAGAAGAAGAGUGCAAAGAUAUGGAGGUGAGGAAGAUGAAGAUGGAGCGCGUGGGAGCACCACUCCCAACACUAAAGAAGCCGUUAAAAGCCUAACUACACAGAUCAAAGACAUGGCGUCGAAAUUCUCCGGUUCUCAUAAACAAUCAAAGCCAACCUCAGGCGCCUCAAGCAGCACGUUGAGGAAAGAGCAGAGGAAGUAUCCAGAUUUCGACACUGCAUCUGAUAGUGUUCCUUACCCUUAUAUGGGUGGUGGGAGCACGAGUUCCACUCCUGCUUGGGACUUCACAAGCUCGUCUCACCAUCAAGGUGGACGGCAAGACUCAAGGUUCACAUCAAUGUAUGGUGGUGGUGAACGCGAAUCCGUCUCUGCUCAGUCGUGUGAUGUGGUGCUAGAGGAUGACGAACCAAAGGAGUGGAUGGCUCAAGUAGAGCCCGGUGUUCACAUUACAUUUGUUUCACUUCCCAAUGGAGGAAACGACCUUAAACGGAUACGUUUCAGCCGGGAGGUAUUCGACAAGUGGCAGGCUCAGAGGUGGUGGGGUGAGAACUACGACAGAAUAGUUGAGCUUUACAAUGUUCAGAGAUUUAAUCGGCAAGCCCUUCAAACCCCUGGUAGAUCCGAGGACCAGUCGCAGAGAGAUUCAACUUACACAAGAAUCGAGUCAGCAAGAGAAAGCAGAGACUGGACGCCAAGAAACAACUUCAGACCUACAGGAGGCAGCGUCCCACAUCACUUCUAUGGACCUCCGAUGGAUGCGGCACGAAUCACCACCUCAUCUAGAGACGACCCGCCUUCACUCAGUAACGCUAGUGAAAUGCAAGGAGAAUGGGUCGAAGAAGACGAGCCUGGCGUUUACAUUACCAUCAGACAGUUACCAGAUGGAACCAGAGAAUUACGCCGUGUCAGAUUCAGCCGGGAGCGGUUUGGAGAAGUGCAUGCCAAGACAUGGUGGGAGCAGAACAGAGACAGAAUACAAACACAAUACCUCUAAGGGAGGAAAAAAGAGAGGCCAAUAUUUAAUCUUCUUUAACACAACACAGGUAUACACAAAAUUCAUCAUCUUGGAGAUUUGGAAGAAAAUUUAAUCAAGAAGAAAAAAUCAGAAUGUGAUAAGAACACAAAAUGGAAAAUUGGAAGAGAUUUUGAUUUAUAGAGAUUUGUAGCUAGUUAGUUCUCGGCGCUUUGACAACUAUGUAAUUUUCCUGACGAUGAGAUGAGCUUUAUUUAUUGAUUCAUUUUUUUUAUCCAUGUGUUUUGUUUAAUUUUAACUUUUUAAUGCUUCAAGUGGAUGGAUUACUACU